AUGUCCAAGACAGACAUCACCAUCGUGGGGGUUGGCAACAUCGGCGCGGCCAUAGUCAAGAAAUGGCUUGAAAAAGGCUUCACGGUCACCAUGUGGAACAGAAAUCCUGAUCGCCCAUGGCUCAAGGAUCUCAGCAAUCUUGGUGCUAUCUUUGAGCACGACCUCAAGGCGGCCAUUGCAAACAGCGAUGUCAUCUUUCUUAGCGUCGCGGCUUAUAGCAACAUCACCGAGUUCUUCUCAUCUAUUCUACCCCUCAAGGAAGGCCAGCCCCCAAAGACAAUCAUCAACAUUACCACAGGUACCCCUCAGCAAGCCCGGGAGAUGGAGACUUGGCUGAAAGCCCAUGGUGUUGCGGAGUAUUUGGAUGGUGCUAUAAUGGUGACACCUGAGCUGGUCGGCACGGAGCACUCAUCUGUCUGGCUUAGCGGUGAGACAGAAGCAGCGUUUUCCAAGAUUUCUAGCAUUAUGUCACCUAUUGGCCGGUCGCAUUAUGUCGCUGAAGACCCAGGAGCAGCAUCCUUGUGGGACAUUGCCGCACUUGCAGCUAUGGACGGCAUGCUUACCGGUGGUCUAUUAGCCAUGAAUCUUCUUAGGCGGCAGAAAAAAGCCCCAGAUGGAAAAGCACCAUCAGUUGAGAACCCAAUUCGGAAGAUUGUAGUCCCUCUGCUUUCAUCAUUUCUCCCCUUCCUCGGAGACAUCGCCGCAGCACUGGAUGAUGAAGACUGGGGUAGGAACUUUGGCAACCCCGUGUCGAUGCAACUGAAAGGCUUUGAGACGAUCCUUGAGGGCCUGAAGCAAGAGAAAGUUAGCACCGAGAGCCUUCAAUUGUUCCAUAAUCUUCUGCUCCGCACAAAGAGAGAGAAGGGCGACGAUGCUGGGUUAGCACCUAUGGGCAUGUAUAUGCUAGAGGAAUAA